UGGCGUGCAUGCUAUAAUCAACACAAUCCGUUGCCUUGGAUUGGUAUCAAGUUUUAGAGUUUUAUUUUCAUUGCCACCACCUCAACGUUGGGCUGAUUUCUCGUCGAUAAUUCUUCAUUCCACUUGCUACUGUGCACAAACGCUGGAGCAAAGUUGAAGUAUGCGGCUAAGCAGAGUUAUCGAGUCGAGGACAGUACUGAGGAAAGUUUCCAGUGAACUACGGCUUCUGAAUGGUGGAAGUUGUCAGUCGGUAGAGUUUCCCACUAACAACAGCAAGCGAAGCUCUUCAGAACUGCCAACAAAACCACUGAAUAAGUCAUGGAGAGAUUCAGCGGACACGGUUAUCAUUGGUGGAGGCUGCGUUGGUGCGAGUGUCGCUUACCAUCUGGCCAAGGCUGGCAUGAAGGAUGUGGUGCUACUAGAGAAGUCUGAGCUUACAGCCGGCUCCACAUGGCAUGCCGCUGGCCUAACCACUUUCUAUCAUGCUGGAAUCAACCUAAAAAACAUUCACUAUUACAGUCUGAAAUUGUAUGGGAAACUAGAAGAGGAAACUGGACAGGCGGUGGGGCUCCACACCCCAGGCAGUGUCAGGCUGGCUGCGACUCCAGAAAGAAUGGACGAGUUUCGUUAUCAGAUGCAGCGGCAGGGAUGGCACAAGGCUGAGCAAUACCUAGUGAACACAGAGCAAGUGAAGGAACUAGUCCCAAUCAUCAAUACUGACAAGGUACUCGGUGGGCUCUUCACACCUGACGAUGGGCACAUUGAUCCAUACUCCUUGACACAUGCCCUAGCAAUCGGUGCACGCAAGUACGGUGCAGAGAUAUUGAUGCCAGCACCAGUUAAUGCGUUAAAGUCAAGACCGGACGGAAGCUGGGAGGUGCAGACACCACAUGGGAGCAUCCGUGCGCAGCGUGUCAUUAACGCAUGUGGUUUUUGGGCUCGAGAACUUGGGAAGCUGGCGGGUAUUGACAUACCCUUAGUACCAAUACACCACCAGUAUUUGGUGACUCAACCUAUAUCAGAGGUCAAGCAACUCAAGAGUGAAAUCCCUGUUGUGAGAGAUCUCGAUGGGUCAUACUACCUACGCCAGGAGAAGGAAGGUCUCUUGUUUGGUCCGUAUGAGGCUCCGGAUAAAAUGAGGAUGUGUGAUGACUGGGUGACAAACUGUGUUCCAAAAGGUUUUGGCAUGGAACUGUUCGAACCGGAUGUCGAUCGCAUUAGUAGAGAGGUGAAUGCUGCCAUGGAUAUGUUCCCUUGUUUACAAAAUGCUGAGAUCAAGAACGUCAUCUCCGGUCCGAUCACUUACUCGCCUGAAAAUCUACCCUUAAUCGGGCCAUAUCUGGAUUUACCGAAUUACUGGGAGGCUACUGGCUUUGGGUAUGGCAUAGUACAUGCAGGUGGUGCUGGGAAGUUUCUGGCAGACUGGAUCAUGAAUGGAGAGCCUAGCUAUGAUCUCAUCGAAUGUGACCCAAACCGCCAUUCCCCAAGCUGGUUGACGCUUAACUACCUGUUCGACAAGGCACGGGAAUCGUAUGGUCUUAACAACCUAGUAGGGUACCCAAAGGAGGAGCGGUGGGCAGGGCGGCCAACCGCUCGAACCAGUGGGGCCUACGAUGCUAUGAUCAAAAGGGGAGCAGAGAUGGGCUUUCAUGCCGGAUGGGAGCAGCCACACUGGUUUGCCCUUCCUGGCGAUACGGCAGGUUAUGCUCCCAGCUAUCGGAGACCAAACUGGUUUAAGCCAGUCUGCCGCGAGGUAGAGGGAGUACUGAACAGUGUAGGAAUUAUUGACCUCACACCGUUUGGAAAGCUCCGAGUUACUGGAAGAGAUGCGGCCAAGUUUCUUAUCUACAUAAGUGCAAACUUCCUCCCAAAGGUUGGUUCAACUACAAUCACGCAUAUGCUCACCCCUAAAGGACGUGUCUACGCAGAAUUGACAGUCACUAGGUUUGCCUCUGACGAUUUCCUGUGCAUAACAGGCUCUGGAUCAGAACUGCAUGAUCUGAGGUGGAUGCUAGAGAAGCGACGCGAGGGAGGUUAUGACGUCACCAUCGAGAACACGACCGACGCCCAGGCCUGCCUCGGCGUUGCCGGCCCGAGAUCCCGAGAGGUUCUCGCCGAGCUCACAGAUGAGGACUUGUCACAUGAAGGAUUUCCAUUCAUGUGUAACAGGAGGAUGUCUGUGGCCGGCAUUCCGGUAACAGCCAUAAGGAUUUCCUACACAGGUGAACUUGGCUGGGAGUUGUACCACAGCCGCGAGGACACGCUCAAACUCUACGAGGCCCUGCUGGCUGCUGGUGCCAAACACAGCAUUAUCGACUUUGGCACUUAUGCAUUGAACUCCAUGCGAAUCGAGAAGGGAUUUCGUGGUUGGGGUGCAGAGAUGAACCUUGAUACUAACCCUCUAGAAGCAGGCCUGGAGCGUUUCAUCAAAUUGAACAAGAAAGCUGACUUCAUUGGCAAAGAAGCAGUAACCAAGAUUAAGGAAGAGGGAUUGCAACGCCAUCUGGUGUUUAUGACCGUUGACACGGAAGAAAAUGGUCCAGAUCCAGAAGGGAAUGAAACUAUCUGGCUAAAUAACAAUGUUGUUGGGAACACAACAUCAGGCAGCUAUGGUUAUCAAGUGGGACAGAGUAUAGCCUUUGCCUAUCUACCUGUGGAUGUGAAACCGGGUGAGACAGUGCAGGUGGAACUACUGGGUGAGAGGAGAAAUGCCAUUGUACAAAGCAAGGCGCCAAUAUUGACUGAGGCAGCUAGGGGCACUCAGUGAAUGCAGUGUCAUCUAGCAUAUUAUAUACAUUUGAAGAAUAUGGGCAGCACACAGCAAUGAGCUCGGGAAUGUUCUUAUCUUCAAUUUAGUUUAGUGUUAGGUUUAAACUAGUUAAAAUUGACGUUAAAGGACCCAUAUAAAUAAUGUAUACUUUAUAUGCAUAUAUGUUUAUAUAUAUAUACACACAUUUACACGUACAUGUUUAUGUGAGUGCGUGCGUGUGUAAGUGUGUAGGUGUUUAUACAUAUUCACAUGCCAUUUAUUCUAUAGAUCGAUGUUUUUAUUCGUAUAUAUCACAUGCUCCAUCUAUAAUAUGUAACCCCGUGUAUGAUAUCAAUCAGAAGUAGAUAAUAGGGAAUUCUAUUCUCUAAUAGGAGAUUUCCCUAUUAUCUACUUCUGAUAUCAAUGUAUACUAUAUAUGCAUAUGUGUAUAAUACGUGGAUAUAUCGUUAAGUUCUUGGCACACUGAGGUCUUGUCAUAUAUGAUAGU